AUUUUAAAAAAGAAGAAACUUGGUAUAACGAGGCUACCGUACACGCUUUCAGUUCCGUCAUGUGACGGAGGUAAAAAAUGUCAACAUCACUCUGCGCUUGAUUGCCACAAUAACAAAUGAGCACCAUAACGUGGCGUUUCUUUGUGCGCCAAAAUUAAUAUGCUCUACUAUAACUAACACCUUGAUGUUAGCAAUCCGGCUGUCGGCUGUCAUUGCGCAGGAUGGCUGCACUUCAGACGGGCCACUCUCCUCUCGUACAUAGCUUGGCCACGCUUCUCCGAAAUAACGGUGACAUGGUGCUGGACGGCAGCAGCACGCUGACCCUGCCUGCUGCCACCUUGCAGCAGCUCACAAGGCUGUUUGAGCAGUACUUGCUAUCCCGGAGCCAGCAACACGGGUUCCUCGCACUGCCCUCCCACCCAGCUGACACCGCUUCGCUGCUGCAGCUGCAGUUCCUGUUUGACAUCCUGCAGAAGACAGUUUCCCUCAAGCUCAUCAACCCGCUGGGUGUGAGGCUCAAGUCUGUGUUAAAAAUUUUCCCUUUCAAGUCUCUGAAGUGUUUGGAGCUGAAGAGAAUCCCCCCUCACUGUCUUGAGGGCCUCAGAGGAAUUUACUCCCAGCUGGAGGUUUUUACCUGCUCAAAAAGCCUCAGUUCCUUGGAGGAGCUGCUCUCUCUGUGUGGAGGUGAUCUGAGCUCAGCACUACCGUGGCUUGAACUUCACACCCUGAACUUCAGCUACAACUCCAUAGUUUGCCUUGACCAGUCACUGAGUUUACUGAAUGUCCUGAAAUCUUUGGAUCUAAGCCAUAACAAGAUUCAGGAGUGUGCUGAAUUCCUAAAGGCUCUGACUGAGCUGGAACACUUGAACCUGGGCUACAACUGCCUGCAGAGGGCGCCAACGCUCGGUAUGAGUGCUAGGGCCAAGCUGGUCACACUUAUCCUCAGGAACAACGAACUGGAAACCAUCAACGGCGUGGAACAGUUGUCUUCUCUCCAGCAUUUAGACCUGGCCUACAACAUCCUGCUGGAGCAUUCCCAGCUGGCUCCUCUCUCCCUGCUGCACUGCCUCAACACAUUGAAUCUGGAAGGAAACCCACUGUACUUCCAGAAGACCCACCGCACCUCCACAGUCAGACACCUCUCGCCAAAAGCUGCCAACACCAGACUCAAACUUGAUGGCACCCUACUGUCCUCAUCUGAAAUAUCAGUUCUGCCAAAACCAGGGCCGCUGAUGGUCCAGGUGCAGACUUUGCCUUCAGGUUACACCAUGCCUGCAGAACGCAGUUACCAGGAAGCAUCUAGUGGGAUGGGGGAGCUGAGUGACAGCCUGUCCCUCGGCGAAGCGGUUGUCUCAAACCUUCGCAGAAGGAAAAAUAGGAGUAAGGUGAAAGUGCGGAGGGCCAGUAUAUCCGAACCCAGUGAUACUGAUUAUGAGUCCAGACCCUUGUCCUCCACACAGGGCAUCGUCCUUCAGCACCAGCAGGAGAUUGAACGCAUGUCCAGCUUCAGGGAACAACUCGGAGAAGACUGGCUAAGAUAUGAACACCAUCUAGAUGGAGCUUCACCCUUAACGCUCACCACCACUGUUAACCAGCAAACCUCCUGCUCUCAAACCCUCUCCAACGGCCUCACCACCACCAUCGCUACUACCACUACAUCUAUCCCACAGCAGCAGCCAUUGCCGCCGUCUUCCCACAAGGUCCCGGAAGUCCUCCCACCACCUAUUCUUUCCUCUGAACCCAGAAAUGAGGCCUCUGACGUGGAUGCAGACCUGGAAAUGGAGUCCACCUUGCAAGGUGGUCAGACCCCUCAGCUGACAGAGUCCACCUUGGAUAACAGCAUGGUAGAUGGACUGGUGAUGAGCCAGGGAGUAGUGAGUUCACCUCAGCCAAGUCCAGAGAGCCACAGGUCUGCUAGAGCAGCGAGUGGCGAGACCAAUCAUGAAGAAGAAGAGGAUUUAGGAGUGGACCUUUGUCACCCUCUGCUUGUUGGUGUCUUAUCUGACAAAGAGGAGGGGCUUGGUGAAGGUCAGGGGCAGAGGAAGGGAAGAAGGGAGGUGUUCUUGUGCAUCAAAAAGGGCUUAGUGCUUGAGAUGGACAUGCAGUGUGGCCAGGAGAGAUGCCGUCUGGAGCUGGAUAGCCUGGCUAAGGUGGAAACAACUGAGGCUGCGUGGACCCGAGGGGAUUUAGAAAAUCAGUUUCCAGCUGUAGAACUUUACUUUGACUACAUCAGCAAGGACAAACGGAGGAGACGCUACGUCCUGUUAGAUGAUGACCCUCAGCAAGCACUGCAGGCUCUGACUGACAUACUGUCUAAUGUGGUGGAGGAAAACCAACGCCGGGUUUCUGAGCUCUGUCACAGCUGCAUUCGCCUGCAGUGCCUUCGCUGCAGGUCAGAAUUCAUUCUUCAGGGAGGGGACGAUGAAGAGGAAGCCGGUGAACGAACAACGAAGAGGAGAGGAGCUGUGAUGCUAUCAGAAGGUGUGCAGGAAAAGGACGGGGAGGAGCUGAUAGAGGCACAGUGGGCCAGCAAAGGAAAAAGUCAGAUUUGUCCAGAAUGUGGCAGUGACCAUGUUGUCCAAGUGGCUGUUCAAACGUCUCCCUACAGCAGUACACCCAUCCAGCGUUCAUUCAGGACCGACAGUGACGAUGACCAUCGGGACAUAACUGUGAGCAUGCAAAGUGCUAAUAAGGAUGAUUACACAGAUGCUAGUAGCAGCAGCAGUCCCAUCCCAGAAGCUGUUACCGCAGCAGAAGAGUCCAUGUUUGUCACUGCCCAAGGAAGCUCUUUCUUCAUUGGAGAUAGUCCAAGUCAGACCAGUCGCCUUUCCUGCAACUCCGUGUGCCAAAGUAGAGAGGACCUAGCAGGCAGCUACCACUACACCACUACUGGUGCUACACCACCUCAAGUGCAAGCACAGCCUGCAGAAAGGUCCACCCCUAAUGCGACACAGUGCAUCCAUUGUUCCAGAGCACCUCUUCAACCGGUCUCUAAAGACUCGUCAACCUAUGAUUUGGAUCUUCUGUCUGAGGAUUACGAGGUGGUGGACCAUCGGCUCAAGCUUUUCCUGGAUGUAGAAGUCUUUGAGGAAGAAGAAGAACUUCAUUCUUUCCUUAAGAUGUCAGCUGUCAAAUUUGGAGAACCUGGGGAGAUUCACUCGCUGCUGGUUGUCUCAAAUCAACGUAUUUAUUUCCUGGAAAUGACAUCAGAUUUGCACAGAGGCCAGCUCACCAAUUGGCUGCAGAAAAGGGACAGCUACCCAAUCAUGGAGCUGAGAUACCUGGAGGUGGGGCUGGGCUCUCAGAGCAUCCACAUGGAGUUUGAAGAUGUGGGCGUGGCCUACACGCUACUCGUGAGGGACAGCGUGCGGUGCAAACGCUUCUUUGGCCGUUUAACAGGAAUUGUGCGUGAGAUGGCUCACAAAUCAGAGAGCAAGCUGAAGUCGAUCUCCACCACAAGGCUCACCCCUGAGCACCAUCUCUGGCCUUUAGUGUGCGAAGACAUCCAGGCAGAUGUGGAGGAUGGACAGCUGCAGUUCUUCUAUGUUCUGGCUUUUGUCCUACAAGAGGAUAUCUGGAUGCCGUUGACGGUUCUGGCGACUAGAGAAACCCUCUAUCUGCUCAGAGAGGAUCACCAGUGGAGGAAAAACAGCCCGUCGGCGAAUGAAAACAAAGAACCGUGCAGCGGGAGCGUCACUGUGUUAGAAACUCUGCCAAUCAGCUGUGUGAGCUCAGUUCUCCUGUGGCCUGUGGACCAGUGCAGGAUGGAUAUAAAGCUUUACGAUGAGACUGUGAAACAGGAGAGGACGUGGUGUGUGCGCUCAGAGAGUGGCGAGCUCCUCCAGGGUCUGCUGGCCUGGGUCAAAACACAGUGGGAGGCCAUGUUUGGAGUAAAACUGCACACAAGUCUGCAAGACAAAGCGGCGUAAUGUGUUUGUGUGUGGGGGUGGGGGUGGGGGGGUUGCAAAGAGAGAAAAAGUUAUAGACUCUGUGUGUGUGUGUUUUGUAAAGUUGUAUGGUGCCGGGUAAAGUUUGGUGAGCAUGACCGAGUGUGUCUUUGUUUUCUCUCUACGCACUCUGCACUCAGUCUGGUCCCAUUACGCUUGUUGCUUUAAGCCAAGAACUUGGAAAUGAUUGCACUCAUUCAUGUGGCACACAAGCCUGUAAAAGCACUGGUUGCAUAAUGUUUCCUCCAGAUACCAUCCCACUGAACUUUUCUACAGCUGGAAUGGAGUGUGCCUUGUUUCUUUUGUUGAUGCUGUGUUGUCCUAAUGAAAUGCACCUUAAUGCAUCACAUGCUGUUCUUUGAUCGUCUGUAGCAUCAAGCUAAUAUGGAGCAGAUUUUGGGGGAAGGUUUGGAGUUACAAGCAUUAAGUCAAGGGAGUGAAACAAAUGUUCUGUCUUAGGAUUUGUAGGGAAGUAAUGCAAGAGGCUGAGCCUAGAAUAUGUCAACCGCCUUUGUCCGUUUUUUUUUCUCUCUCAUCGUCUUAGGGUGCUUUGCAUCACGCGGUCAACACGAGGCUGGGGGAGCCUCUGAAAGGCCAAGGUUCAAGACAUUGUCGUCAAAGAAUUUGCACGCAGUUUUCACCUAAUUAAGGUCUUGUGAUGUUUCAGACGUUCGGUGAACAGUAGCACUUCUCGUGUUUAAACAUUUUGAAAAAGAUGUUUAUUUUAAUUUGUAAUUCGGGUUUGGUUGAUUGGUUUGUUUUCAGAGCAUUUAUCAAGGGCAGGGAGAAAAAUCUGUUUUGACAUCAGGCACUGUCAUCAUUCAGUAAAUGUGAUGGAUAAACAUUAUCUCAACUGAAUCCUUGUUUAUUUAGUUUGUACAUCGGUUAAAGCUGUAAGACAGAACGUCUACAGCUGUGUUCAUAUGUAACCACUGUAAUGGGAAACUGUACAUAUCAGUUACCGCAAAGGUCAGCAGUUAAUUUAGGUCUAGUAAUUAGGUCAUUAGUAAUUUAUUUAUUUCUGUGCUUUUUUUUUCAUAACAGGUUUAUGCAGAAGACUGUGUUUUAUUUUUAUAUCAAUGUAAUGCCAAUCAUGCAUAUACGUGACUAAAGAAAGUGAUGUGUUUGGAA